UUUAACGUGCUUGUACCGUAUAACCUUAUAGUACAAAUGCGUCAACUGAGAAGACACAAAACUCCCGUUAGGAGAAUACGAAAAAUAUGCAGAAGUGUCGAAUUUGCGGUAGUACAGAUUUUUAUAAAGAAGCUGGCUACUUUUUCUGUCAAACAUGUCAAACGCAGAAUGAGGAUAUCAGAGAAGAAGUUCUUGAGUUACGUGUAGAUAAUACCACUAGAUUACGAAAAACAAGAAUUAGGCAAUUAAGAUUAGACAAAUCAGGUGAAGAACUUGGUUGGACUUCAUGGGAAUUAUACAAUUUUGUUUUAAUUGGUUUAACAAAUGAAUUAAUAGAACUUGGAGUUCCACCUAAAAUAAAAUUAACAAUUUUACAAUUAUGGGCAACAUAUUUAGGUAAAAUUGAAGUAGCAUUUAUCUCAACUAAGAAAAGAUAUGUACCAAAGUUGGCUAGAAGAUAUAAAAAGAGGGAUGCAGAAAUUAUUUAUGGCAAAGUACAAUCACAGAAAAAAUCUAGAAAACGCAAAAGAACUGGUAGUAGCACAAAUACUUCUGUUAUAUCGGCUAAUCAAAGUGAGGGUAGUUCAAUGAGACAAAUAAAUAAAAAUAAAAAACUUUUAGCAGCAGCAGAUUAUGAUAGAUAUCUUCAAUCCCAAGAUAGUUCUGCUGAUGGCAGAAGUAGUUCAUUUAGCCAAAGCAUAUAUAGUAUUCAAUCUAGCUCUGUAGCAUCUUCAGCAAAUGAGGGAAAGGUACAAUUCAGUUCCCAUGCCAAAGAAGAGGCAAGAAAAAUUAAAAGAUUGUCUAAAAAUCUACCAAGAUCCGAAAGAGUCAAGUACAGAGCUAAGCAUAUAAGUACUCAAUACAAAAUGGGACCUCAUAUAAUUACACCUAUGCGGUUAUGGGCAAUUAUAUAUCUAGCUUUACGGAUUCAUAAUCAUCCUAUACAAUUAGGAGAUAUGUUAAGAUAUGGAAAAGAAGGGCAUUUAUCUUAUUACAAAUUAGACCACUUAUUGCCACCAGAAGUAGAUUUAACAGCAAAUGAAAGAAACUUUUUAAGACAAAAUGUUGAAAUUACACAUAAAGGAAUGAGACGAAUAUCUGCAAGUAUGGCAAAAUUUCUUGGUGUGUGGAACAUAUUUUGCCCAGAUUUGUUAUCAUUGAUUAGCAGAUAUUGCCAAGAACUAGGAUUACCAAGGGGCAUUCUAUUAUAUACAGAGAGAUUAAUAGCUUUAUCACCUCCUAAUAUGAUAUUUGAUAUAAAAAAAUCAUAUAUUCCAAACUACGAAGGUCGUGCAAUCGCAUUUAUUAUAAUAGUCUUGAAAAUUUUACUUGCUCUAGAUGGUAUAACUGAGUAUCAUAUCAGUAGAAUUGCAGAAAAGAUCAAUAGCGUAGCUAUUGAACGCGGUUUACUAAAUGAAAAACUUUUUAAUUUUCAAGAAUGGCAAAGGUAUAUCGAGUGCAGGAAAACAAUCUUAGUGCACGCACAUUAUCCAACGAAAAUGAAAUACGCUCCGAAUUCGGACGAAGUUGAUGAUUUAUAUUUAAAAUUUGUAGAAUUUAUAUCCUCUAAAUCGGAUAGAAGGGAAUCAGACAUAAAAAAUUCUAAACACCUUUUACCAGAAGAACUUAUCAAUGCCAUGGCAAAGCAUAUAACUGAGUUAAUAUCCGAUGAUCUAUCGUCAAGGACGAUAGACAUAUUUCCUCCAUCUUUAACGCCGCUUUACUCAUAUUUGCAGCAUUUAUUCGAUCAUCCGUAUUACGAUAUUCCUAGUAUAUUACGAAAUGAUUUUUAUCUUACGAAAGUUGGAUACAUGACAAAACCUGAUUCUUUAAUAGAGCUAGCAAUGAAGUGCGACAUGCAGUUAGAAAUAAUAGAUUCCAAUGUACAUUUUCUCGAGAAAAAUGUACCUCUAUUUGAACAGCCUAGAAUGCCAAGUAUGAAUGAACUAAAACAGCUCGUCGAUGUGCAAGAUGACUUAGAAAAUCAACAAGCAAGUGAAAGUAUAAAUGAUUAUUUGCACGCUAAAAUACCAUGUACUAUUAAAUUUAAUGCCGUUAAAAACCAAUAUUACAAUAGCAUUGAAAGUACACCAAAGAGCUUAGAAAAUAUCGAUAUGGGAAAUGAUUUUACAUUUACUGAAACUCUACCAAACGGGAAGUUAGCGAUUCCAACUGAUAGCGAUGAUGAAAAUGAAGAAGAAGACUCUGAUUUUAUCAAUAACUUGGAUCAGGAAAAAAUUAUUCUAGGAAACAAAUUCUGUGAUAAAUACAACUUACGUUUAUCGUUGACAGAAAAAAAAUCGAUUUAUACAUCAAAUGUAAUACGCUCUAAAAAACUUAAAGCACAACUCGAGCGAAAUACUAAAGGUGAAUUUGUUAAAAAAAGUGCUUUACUUACAAAUAUUGAAAAAAAUAGCGAUGAUGUUUUUGCUGUCAAAGAAAAUGUAAGCUUUUAUGAUAGCCCCGAAACAAACGAAGUAUGCAUCGAUGUUGAAACCAUCGCAAAAGAACAAUUAUUUUUGAAUGAAAAUAUUGACCUCGAUGGCAUUGAUAUUGACGAUAUAUAUAUGAAAAAUGAUUUUUUUAAUAUCAGUGACUAUUUUAAUUUCAGCGACAUUUCAAUUUUUAGUAAAAUUAAUGACGUUUCUACAUCUGCAGAAAGUAAAAAGAAUAACGUAGAUAACAAGAAAUAUCGAUUUUUUAGACCCUUUAACGAGUAUUGGACAUAUCAUUGCAUUUUUAGUCGUGUAAAAUCAAAAAAUUUUGUUACAUUUGAAAAAGAAUUACCACGAACUUUCCGUUGGUUGUUGAACGAAUGCGCACUCAUGGUGGAAAUGUCUAGAGAGGAUUUAUACGAAGAAAUAUGUUUAAUUGAAAAUUAUCAUUCGCAGGUUUUGAAAUCUUGCAAUCCUGAAAACAACGUUCGCAGCAACGUAAAUACAACAACCAAAAAUCAAUUAAACUUUAUUUUAAGUAAAUGGUAA